CUGGGACGAGGAGAGGGCGGGCCCGCGGAAGCCGCGCAGGCGCACGGCAGCCGCUGCAAUGGCGCUGCCGGGCUCCUUGAAUAGGUAUCUGCUGCUCAUGGCACAGGAGCACCUGGAGUUCCGCCUGCCGGAAAUAAAGUCUUUACUGUCACUGUUUGGAGGCCAGUUCACUAACAGUCAGGAGACUUAUGGAAAGUCUCCUUUUUGGAUUCUUAGCAUUCCCUCUGAAGACAUUGCAAGAAACUUAAUGAAACGGACAGUGUGUGCCAAGUCUAUAUUUGAACUAUGGGGUCAUGGAAAAUCUCCUGAGGAGCUGUAUACUUCUCUUAAAAAUUACCCUGUGGAGAAGAUGGUUCCAUUUCUACAUUCAGAGUCUACAUAUAAAAUAAAGAUCCACACGUUUAAUAAAACAUUGACUCAAGAAGAAAAAGUCAAACGAAUAGAUGCCCUUGAAUUUCUGCCAUUUGAAGGAAAAGUGAACUUAAAGAAACCACAGCAUGUAUUCUCCGUUUUGGAAGACUAUGGUUUGGACCCAAACUACAUCCCUGAGAGACCACACAACAUUUAUUUUGGUAGAUGGAUUGCAGAUGGACAGAGAGAGCUAAUUGAGUCAUAUAGUGUCAAAAAGAGACAUUUUAUUGGAAAUACAAGUAUGGAUGCUGGCUUAUCAUUCAUCAUGGCCAACCACGCAAAAGUGAAAGAAAACGAUGUCGUCUUUGACCCAUUUGUUGGAACAGGUGGCCUUCUGAUAGCAUCUGCUCACUUCGGUGCAUAUGUGUGUGGGACGGACAUAGACUACAACACGGUUCACGGCUUGGGAAAAGCUAGUAGAAAAAACCAGAAAUGGCGAGGACCAGAUGAAAACAUCAGGGCAAAUCUUCGUCAGUAUGGCUUAGAGAAGUUUUACCUUGAUGUCUUGGUUUCAGAUGCCUCUAAGCCUUCCUGGAGGAAGGGAACGUAUUUUGAUGCAAUCAUCACAGAUCCUCCAUAUGGCAUCAGAGAAUCUACAAGAAGGUCAGGUUCACAGAAGCAGAUACCAAAGGGAAUAGAAAAAUGUCCAGAAAGCCACGUUCCUGUCUCCUUGAGUUAUCACCUGAGUGACAUGUUUUUUGACCUAUUAAACUUUGCAGCUGAGACCCUCAUACUAGGUGGAAGACUAGUCUAUUGGCUACCUGUAUAUACACCAGAGUACACUGAAGACAUGGUGCCCUGGCACCCUUGCCUGAAGCUUGUUAGCAACUGUGAGCAGAAGCUUUCCAGUCACACGGCAAGGCGCCUGAUCACAAUGGAAAAGGUGAAAGACUUUGAGAACCGGGACCAGUAUUCACACCUGCUGAGUGACCAUUUUCUGCCAUACCAAGGUCAUAAUUCCUUUCGUGAGAAAUAUUUUAGUGGUGUAACAAAAAGAAUUGCCAAGGAAGAAAAAUCUAGCCAAGAGUGAAAAUAGGAUGUUGACAAUCAAGAAAGAAUAAGCAUUUUAUAGAAGAGACUUUUGGAAAUGAAUUUGUGUGUAUGAUCUAGAAAACCCUGUGCUGUUUUAUAUAAAUAACUGCUAUGAAUCAAAACUGAAUAAUUUCAGAAUGAUCUUUGUUUUAGAGACUAUUUUGAUGGGCCUUUUGGACCUUGUUAAGUUUCAGGGACUGAUACAUAUAGAUGGACUUGGUGUUUAUAUUUUUUACAAAGAAAAUAUUGUUAACUUUUUAGCCAUAUCUGCCAGAUAUAUAGUAGGUAAUUAAUAGUGCUUUAGAAUAUUUUCAUUUUGUAAAUUUGCUUGGUUUGGUUUUUAGUUGUAACUGUUUUUCUUUGCUACCAAUAAACUUUACUGAGAAUUUCUGAAAAUUGUGUGGUACUAAGUAUUUCUCGUCUCAUCUCAUGGAGAGCUUUGAGGGAAAUGAAUGUUUAACCAUCAGUCCCAUACAGGUCAUAACAGCAGUGGCUGUUCUGCUGGGUGGCAGGCUAAGGCCUGAGAACUGCAGAGAUUCCAACCCCAACACCUCCAAGAGCCUGUGCAUCUGAAUUUGCUCUUGCAUUCCUAAAACUUGACUGUUGUUCAAGUUAACUAACUACCCCCAAUUUUUGGUGUAGAAAGUAACUGAUGGUUAAAUUCAGGAACAACAGCUCAAGUCCCUGAUGACCCCCUAGUGGUAUGAAGCCUAAUCAGUACUCUGUGAAACAGAAGCUGUAUUUUUCUUGAAGGGGAAACUUUGCUGAGUCUACAUUGUGUCCAUCAUGGAAAUAUCUUCUUUGAAAACCACUGUACCCAUUAAUUCUGGAUGCUAAUGGCUUUGCUUUUGGUGGUCAAAUGUACCUCAGUGGGGCGGCAGUAAAUGGAUACUUUCUGUCUAA